GGAGGAUUCGCCUAGGACGGGGGCGCCGCGUGCGGGGGGCCUUUUGAGCGCGAGACCCGGUCGUUAACGUUGGAAGCGGGAGAGAGAUUAGGCCAUGUCAGUGGCAGUCCAAGAUAUCAUGCCAAGGGGGGAUGGUGUUCUCGAUGCAAGUGACAGCCCGGGGCCUUCGUUCUCGUCCUCGUGUCUGGGAAUCACACCCCCCUCCCCUCCCAUCUCUAUCUGUCACUCGUACUACUCAUCUCAGCCGGGUUGAUAGACCAUACUUGAUACUUGUAUCGUUGGGUUCCGCCCGCCCCCGAACGUCGUCAGACCUCGCUCGUCCCCGCGGCCCUUCCUUCGUCCAGUCAGUCAGUCAGCUAGUCUCAAGCAUCACCAAACGGCCUACAACGGCCAUUCAUUCAUUCCUUUUCGAGACUCUUGUCUGCCCCUCCCUUACCUAAAGUCAUCAUGAUGGCCUCUAUGGCCACCAGGGCAUUCGCCCUCCUCACACUCUCGACGCUCGCCCUGGCGCAGGAUGUGCCCAAGGGCGACGGCUACUUCGGCUACGACCUGGAGCGCCGCGGCGACAACGAGUCGGCCGUCUACGAGACGGCCAACACCAAGACGGGCAUCGACACGCUUAACCCGAUUCCGGACGUGUACCUCAACGCGUCCGUGUCGGUGGGCGAGAUCAGCAUCGAGGUGCAGAACAUCACGGCCAAGGUCAACCUGGACGCCAAGGUGCUGAACCUGCUUCACUUCCAGGCGGGCGUCGACGCGCGCAUCGACCGCGUCAAGCUGGGCAUCUACAACGUCUCGGCCAAGGUCGAGCUCGAGGCGCGCCUGGAGAACGUGGUCAAGAUGGUGGACGACGUGCUCACGAGCAUCGACCUGAACCCCGUCAUCGCCACGCUCGGCGACACCGUCGGCGACAUCGUCAACAGGACGGCCGACGUCGUCGCCGACCCCGUCGAGGACGCCGCCGGCUCGCUCGCGAAGCGCGACCUGACGUACCGCCUCGAGAACAACAUCCUCUACUCGGUCAACGACUUCUCGGGCCGGACGCACACGAACCGCGUGCUGGCGCAGAACGGCUCGCUGUACGACGUCUACCUCGACAACAACGGCGACGAGAGCGGCAGGCGGGUCGUCGGCUACUACAGCCGCGACAUGACCUUCACCGGCCACAACAAGACCGUCACGGUCGACGGCCGGGUCAAGGAGUUUGAGCUGCAGUACCUGUACGCGCCCUACCCCGGCCUGGAGGCCUUCAGCAACAUCUACGUGGACACCACGGGCAGGGUCGCGAGGACCAAGAUCGUGGCCGAGGCCGAGGGCGGGGGCACGGCGACGGUGAGCAACGACAACGGCAACGACUGGUAGAAGAAAAAGAAAAGAAGAAAAGAAGAAAA